GGACCCAAUCAGAAGGCGGAACGUACUCUAGGCGCGCAAGCCGAGGGACGCGAAACUCAUUUGCUGCGAGAUCGUCAAACACGUGUGACCAUUCCGAGUCUCUGCCCAGUUACGCGGCGUCCCUCGGCUUCAGACCCGCAACUCAAAACGUUUGAAUCUGUGUAUAUCUAAUCGAUCGCCAUGGCUGAGGAAUAUUUAUACGGAAUCACUUUGCAAGGACCCAAUGCCACCGAGGUCUGGGAUCCUGAGCACAAAAACGAGGACGUUGACGGUGCUAAUCAACAUUUUGGCGCUGACCAAAAACUCAUUAUCAAAAUGGCACUUCUGGGACCUGAGGCCAAAGCUGGCGAGUUAAAUGUACUACAAGUUGAGGCGAUGGGACUCAAAGGUCCAAUUAAAAUCCCAAUUGCCUUAUUGGAACUGGGCAAAACUGCACAAAUCAUCCUCGAUCUAAGUUUCCCUGAUCCACCCGUCACAUUCACCUUAAUCAAAGGCAGCGGUCCAGUCCAUAUAGUAGGACACAAUCUCCUUGGGACGCAUAUGGAUGAAUUUGAAGACAUGGAGGACGAAAUGGAGGAAGAAAACAUCGAUGACGAAGAUGAUGAGAAGGCCUCGCAUAAGAAACGGAAACUUUCUGGCGAGGGUAAAAAAAAUGGCACCAAACGCGCCAAGAUGGAUGAGGAGGACCCUGAGGAUGAAGAAGACGAAGAUGAAGAGCCCAAAAAGAAGAAUGCGAAAUUAGCGACCCCAGCUAAAAACAAAAAUCAAGCUAACAAGAAUAAGAAAAAAUAAAUCCGUGGUUUUAUUACCAACACAUCCUAGGCUAGGCUCUUGAAUGUAAGUUCAUCAUCAUUCGCGUUUUGCGUGUUACAGUAUCGUUUCAUCUGAUAGUCAAAAGAGACCGUUCAUUAUCCAUUCACGGAUUCUAAAAUCUUGAGGCUGGGUUGUGUACAUUUUUCUCAUGAUAACAAUUGUUCUUCAAUCAAAAGCAACGAAGAAGCAAAAGCAAAGAGAAAAAGAUCACAGAUAUUAGGCACACAAUCUGUUACCUUACUGAAUUAAUGCGUUACUUGAAGAUAUCCAGACUAAUUUUGUGUAAAAAUACCUAUAAGAUGAAUAUGUAUUUUAUUCUAGCGACUAUAAAAGGGUCGCGGAGCCAUGACAAGAUCAUCAGUGAGAACACAUUUUCGAGGAAUAAGUCUAUAUAGAAGGCAAUGCAAGUUCGACUCUUCAGUAUUUAACGCUUCUGCGUCUCCCUGAACAUCGGCAUAGCAAUCUACAGCUCAGAUUUGAAAGUUCGUGAAUCCGAAUACUAGACAAAUGAUAGACUGACAGACAGACGGAGACAGAUUGACGCAUGUUUUAAUCCUACUCUUCCGCAGCUCGACUUCCAGUCAGAAAACACAAAGCUAUAUUAUAACACCACUUGAUAAUCAUAUUUACUUCUUAUAAAGAUCAUGACGGAAUUUUUAUCCCACUGAUCUAGUAUAUUUAUUUUGAACUAAACGAGGUCUUUGAUUAAUUUUAUGACCAUUAGAAGGAGUUAAAACAGAACAUUGUCAUCUCUCGAUAUUCAUUCCAUUUGAAGAAAAGUAAUAGCCGGCGUACAGACACUAUAUGCACGGCGCACCGUUCUUAUUUAACAUGUGUUAUACACAGUGUUUUCCACUUACGUGCCCAUACGUCUGUAUACUCUUUUGUACAUAUACGAUACAAUAAAAAUUUCACUUAACUUUUA